AUGGCUUUCGAUCCAUUCAGCUUCAAAACUGGAUAUACCAAAAAUUGGGGGUGGCUAUACGCCCUUAUUGUGCUAGUACCAUUCUUGAUGGUCCUUGCAAUCACAUUCUAUGUGCUUUCUCUUCUGAUCACUGAUGAAGACCUGUAUUAUAAAUAAGAAGAGUUAUAAUAAUGAAUACGUGUACUCUACACGAAGUUAUGAGUUCAGCAACCUUGAGAUGGUAGCAGAGGUCCUUCCUCAUUCAUUUCUAGCAGAUGAAAAUGAUAGAUAUCUUCCUUUCAGGUUUGUCAACAACACCUAUUUCAAAGAUGUUACUUUUGAUGAUGGGGAGCAAUCAAAGAGAGCAAGGUUUGAGGAGCUUUCAUACCAGACUACUGAUGAUAAGAGCAAUCUUCCACAUUUAAUAUUCAAAAAUGAAUACGUACCCUUUGGGGAUUCCAGAUUCUUAUGCCUAAAUCUCAAAUACAGAUCAAAGGAUGAGCCAGUUGCUCCUUAUGAUAAAUUUAAUGAGGUCCAGAAUCUUCCUCAGUGUCACGGAAUGAAACAGGAGAUUUGGGGUGAGAAAGACCCUACUAAAGGAGUCAAUCUCCUCGCAUGGAAAGAAUUCGGCAACCAAAAACUAAGCAACUGCAAAAAUGGAAUCAUCAGAGAUAAGAUCUGCUACGAAUAUGCGGUCAUGGAAUCUAUCUGAGUGAUUGUUGAGCCGACUAAUGAUGACCCUUCUCAAGGCUGGGAGUUUGUCACUGGUUGAGAAGAAGGAGGAAGUACUAUCAAAUACAAAAAGGCUUCUCCGGGGCAAGAGUACACCUUUGAUAAUAUCCCUAUUGAAGUUAGAGCAUAUAGGGAACCAUUCUAUGAAUUUGAGACUAGUUCUACUAAUUUUGGAGCAGACUUAUCAUACUUCGGAUGGCUAUCUAGGAUGUGCUGGGCUCUAUGUCUAAUUGCCUUUAUUUGCCUCCUAAUAUUCGGAUGAUACAGACUCAAUUUACCCAGCCACAAAGAUGAUUAAUUUU